AAAAGUAAGUGUUUAUUAGGGGAGAGGCUUAUGGGUAGGCCUACCUCGGUGAAAGUGUUGAGUUCGACGGUCAGUAACAGCUGUGUGUGUGUGUGGCAAAGAAGUUGUGGCAGUACUAUUCGUUUUGGUGAUAUUCUUACAAGGAUGUCGGUGCAUUACAAAUUUAAGUCAGCUGUCGAGUAUGACACGCUGCCAGUGGAUGGAGUCCACAUCAGCCUAGGUGACCUCAAAGAGGCCAUUAUCCAACAGAAGAGGCUGGGAAGAGGACAGCCAUAUGAUCUACAGAUCACCAAUGCAGAGACCAAGGAAGUUUACACAGAUGAGAAGACGCUCAUCCCAAAGAAUUCAUCGCUGAUAGUCGCAAGAGUGCCCAUCGAUCCCGCACUCAUGAAGAAGCCAUGGGAGAACAAGGAACCGACAGCCCUACUACUAUCCAACCCUUCAAACCUGAUGAACGUAUGUAACAGUGGAUCAGCUGUGCAACUUACUUUACCUCCAGCCGGGUAACACCUAUUUAUCUAGUUUUUAAGUGGAUGACUAUUGGAGUGAAAAGGCUGAAGCAGAAGCGCUAUCACAAGUGCUGCUGGCCACACUCUUAAGAUACCGUGGUGUCCCUUCGUGGUGUCACCUUGGUUGUAUACUAUUUGAGGACAGUAUGAAGCUGUCCUCAUACAUACAUCCAAAAUACCUUUUUUCCAGUAUUUCAUAAUAUUGAUUAUUAUUAUUUUUUUAACUUUUAUUAUUAUUUCUCUCUGUAGACUUUUGAUAACUUUUCCCCUCCCCAUGGGUUGUUAUUGCAACAAAUUUGUUCUUGUAAACUGUGUAGUAAUUUGUCACUUAAUUUUACACACUGGAUAACUAACCAAAAAAUUAAAUAAUCCUGUGUGUAAAGUUGAGGUAGACAUAAUAUUUUCGAUUUUUAUCAGUUACCUUACUUCGUAGCAGCCAAGGAACAUACAUUUCUGAGAAUGGAUAUUGAAAUAUUGAAAUGGAUGAAGAUAUUUAUUUGUCAUGAACAGUGAAUUGACCAUGAUUUUUUGUCAUGUCUAAUAAGUAUUUAUAUUCCUGUAUGUUUUGUAUGAUGUAGCCAAUAAAACUUUAACCUGAGGUGUCUGCUAUUUGGUCGAACAUUGUUGUUCUCUUUGGGUUAAAGCUUUGAAACCCUAUUAUUUUGCAAAUUUUAAACAUACACAUGCCAUAGCAAGUUGUGGUUAUGACGCCCAAGGAAUAUUGCUUGCCACAGUUACACUUUCAAACUACAAAUGCUUAUUGGAUUACAUAUAUUUUGGACACACUGCACUGUGUUACACCUAGAUCAGGGAUAUUCUAAGAAGCCUGAACAUAAAGAACCUAUGAUGCCUUGUUGUAUGUUGUAAAGAAAGAUAAUCAUCCUGUGCCAUUGUGUGGAGUUGAAUAUGAAUAAUAUUGUUCACUGUUGUGUUGUCUUCAACAAAGGCUUCCGCAGUGCUGAGAUCAUUUUCUAAAUUAUUUAUGAUGUUGAUACUUGAAAACUGCCAUCCAUUUUUACAGAGGGUACUGGUACUACAUGACAAAUUACAGGUUUUCAUGUUUGAAAUGGGGUUUUAUUUAAUUGUUUAUUUAUUUUUCUGUUUUAUUUUUUGUCAAUUUUGAUCAGUUUAUUGACUGAAGUUAUGAAAAGAAGUACAUAUACCUUGUGACGUAUGAGAUUUAUUGAAAAAUGUUUGUGAUUGAAGAAAAUUGUCAUUGUCAUUGAAGAAAAUUUGUAAAUAUUAGUGAUGUUUCUUGUUUAAAGGUUAGUUUCUUGAAUUAUAGUUGAUAUAUUUUUGAAUGAAUUACAAGAAUCUUGAUGA